UUUUUUUGUCCCUUCUUCUCCACUCCACUGUUCUCUGACUUCUCUCCACUCCGCCUUCUCUGUUUUUUUCUCUCUUUUCUGCUCCUCAAACCCUAAAUUCUCACAAGAUUCCGUUUAGGAGCCCUUAAUUUCAUCUUUAGAUCCCUUUAACUUCAAAAUCAGUACUUGCAUUACAGAAUUGAAGCUGGAUACACUCCAUUUUCUAGCUGGAAUCAGAGCCAAGGAGCUUACAUUGUGAAGAACCAUAGUGUCUAUAGCAAUGUCUGGCUCUGUUAAGCUUCAAUCUUCGGCCAAACGGGUAUCUCAGCAACGAGCCAUUCUCGUUCCCACUGGGAAUAGAAUUACGGUUUCGGAAGAGUCCAGACGGAAAAGCGAGAUUUUGAAGAAGGCACAACAAAGACCAAAGAAGCCAGCAGUGAAGGAUGUGGUUUCGGAGAUGCAGAAAGCUGUAGUUAAGCACAAUUUAUCGGUAGACAGCUCUUGCUCUUUGGAUUCUAAUUUUUCUUCUUCUUCUUUUUCUUCGAGUGGGUCUUCAGCGAAGGUAGCAAGUCCGAGAAGGACUGUGAAGCACACUGGAUUACGAGCUGUCAAGAUUGUACCUGACGCUAGUCAAUUUGAUGAGAUUUCGCUAAAGAAAAACUUGUCGGUGAAGAGCUGUGACUGGAUAACACCUCACUCUGAUCCACUUUAUGUGUCUUUCCAUGAUGAAGAAUGGGGAAUUCCAGUUCAUGAUGAUAGGAAGCUGUUUGAGUUGCUUGUACUUUCGCAAGCAUUAGCAGAAAUGAGCUGGCCAGCAAUUCUUCAUAUGAGGGACACUUUCAGGAAACUUUUUGACAACUUCGAUCCAUCGUCUGUUGCACAGUUUACAGAGAAGAAGCUGCUAUCGCUGAAAGUGAAUGGCAAUCUUUUGCUAUCUGAACCAAAGCUUCGUGCAAUAGUAGAGAAUGCUAAACUGCUGCUUAAGGUUCAAAAGGAGUUUGGUUCCUUCAGCAACUACUGCUGGCGUUUUGUGAACAAUAAGCAACUAAGAAAUGCAUACCGUUAUGCACGUCAAGUACCUGUCAAGACGCCAAAAGCAGAAGUUAUAAGCAAGGAUCUAAUGAAGCGAGGCUUUCAUUGUGUUGGUCCUACUGUUGUUUAUUCAUUCAUGCAGGUGGCUGGGAUUGUCAAUGAUCAUCUUGUAACAUGCUUCAGAUACCAAGAGUGCAAUAUAGAUCUCAAAAAGAAUUCCAACAAACCCCAGACUGAAGAGACACAGAUGGUAACUGAAGUAUUGGAGAAAACAUGCUUAUCUCAAUAACCUUGUGGCCUUAACUGCAACUUCUGAUAAAUCACACUAGUAUGACUAGCAAUAUGAGGGCUUAUGUUCUCAAGUAAUGAUUUAGGAUUCCUAUCUUCUGUAUGUUUUACUCGCAUAAUCUAUUCUUCCACCACUUGUGUAUCCUUGACCUAAACUAGAUAUUACUAUAAUUAAACUUUCUUGUGACUCCA